CCGCCAAGAUAAACUACCUCGCACUCUCUGCUUUCUCUCGUAGCUCUCCAAUGGCGACCGAAACAACAGAGCAAUCCCCGCCGGCCGACCAAGUCGAGUCGCUUUCCAUAUCCGAGCCUCAGGUCGAUGACCAACCCUCCAGUUCAUCAAAUCCAACCGCUUCAUUGAGCUUGGAGGAGAAGUACCAGAUCGUGAGGAGCGUGGGGGAGGAGUGUAUUCAGGAGGAUGAGCUUCUGAAUCUGCUGGCUCACAAGACUGAACCCAUCUGCUACGAUGGGUUCGAACCCUCGGGUCGAAUGCACAUUGCUCAGGGAGUUAUGAAGACUAUCAAUGUUAACAAGCUGACAUCUGCUGGCUGCCGAGUGAAGAUGUGGAUUGGAGAUUGGUUUGCGCAGUUGAACAAUAAGAUGGGGGGUGAUUUGAAAAAGAUAGAGACGGUUGGCAACUACAUGAUCGAGAUAUGGAGGGCUGCGGGGAUGAAUUUGGACACUGGAAAAGUUGAGUUUUUGUGGUCGUCAAAGGAGAUUAAUGCGAGAGCACACGAGUACUGGCCUCGUGUGAUGGAUAUAGCUCGGAAAAAUAAACUUCCGAGAAUAAUUAGGUGUAGUCAGAUUAUGGGUCGGACUGAGCAAGAUGAGUUAACUGCAGCCCAAAUUCUCUACCCUUGUAUGCAGUGUGCAGAUAUAUUCUUUCUUCAGGCGGACAUCUGCCAGUUGGGAAUGGAUCAACGUAAAGUCAAUAUGCUUGCAAGAGAGUAUUGCGAUGACAUCAAAAAGAAGAACAAGCCUAUUAUCUUGUCACACCACAUGUUAUCCGGUUUGCAGCAAGGGCAGGAGAAAAUGUCUAAAAGUGAUGUGACGUCCUCCAUAUUCAUGGAAGAUGAAGAGGCUGAAGUGAAUUUGAAGAUAAAGAAAGCUUACUGUCCUCCAAAUGUUGUCGAUGAGAAUCCCUGUAUGGAAUAUGUGAAGUAUCUCAUACUACCUUGGUUCAAUGAGUUUUCUGUUGAGCGGACUGAAGACAAUGGUGGAAAUAAAACCUUCAAAACCUUUGAAGAAUUGGCUGCUGAUUAUGAAAGCGGCGAGCUACAUCCAGCCGACCUUAAAUCAGCUUUAUCAAAAGCAUUGAACAAGAUACUGGAGCCUGUACGAGCACACUUCAAGAAUAACAAAGCUGCCAAACAACUAUUGCAAACUGUUAAGAAAUAUAGAGUCACCAGGUGAUAACAUUAUUGGAGCUUGGACUUGUCAUCGUUGCCUUUCUGCUCUUUCCUGAAUGCUGGAUGAAAAGACCUGUAUUUUGCAAUUUGAUGUCUCUGAUAUAUUUAACACCUUUGUGGGAUUCUUUAUAUGCAUGAAGUUGUUCGGAUUCCAUA